GCACGUGUUUCUUCGCUCAGUUGAAGAUCAAGAUGGCAGCCUCCUUGUGUCGGUGCUACGAGCUGGUUGGCAGACGUGCCACAGCCCUCUGCUCUCGGCCUUUGGUCUCAUCCAUUUGGAAACGAGAUGGAGAUGUCUACCGGUUACUCAGGAGUCCAGCUGCACCUGUUCAGGUGAGAUAUGCUUCAGGUCGUAAAGGUUUUCUGGGAGAGUUUGUGGAUAACCUGCGUCAGGAGUUCAACAAAGAUCAGGAGAUGAAGGAGAAUAUUAAAAAGUUCAGAGAAGAGGCCAAGAAGCUUGAAGAGUCUGAUGCUCUCCAACAAGCCCGCAGAAAAUAUAAAUCCAUAGAGGCUGAGACAGUGAAGACGUCUGAGGUCUUAAAGAAGACUUUUGGCUCUUUAUCCGACACUAUGAAGGAGGGUCUUGAGGAGGUGAGUCGUACUGACCUCGGGAAGAAGAUCCGAGAGGGUGUGGAGGGGGCUGCGAGGACAGCCAUCCACUCUGCAGAGUCUGUUUCUAAAGGAGGAGAAAAACUGGGCAAAACCAAUGCAUUCAAGGCCAUCUCACAGGGAGUUGAAGCUGUGAAGAAGGAGAUAGAUGUUGGUGAUGCCGGUCCAUACAGGGCUCCUUCUCAGCUGAGGAAGAGGACCGAGUUCUCCUCUAAAGGAGCAGACACCGACUCAAGGGUGUUUGAAGCCAAUGAGGAGGCUAUGGGUGUUGUUCUCCACAAGGAUUCCAAGUGGUAUCAGCAGUGGAAGGACUUCAAGGACAACAACACAGUUUUCAACAGAUUUUUUGAGAUGAAGAUGAAGUAUGAUGAAAGUGACAACGUUGUCAUCAGAGCAUCCAGAGCGGUGACGGACCGGGUCACGGGCUUCUUAGGCGGUCUUUUCUCUAAGACAGAAAUGUCCGAGGUGUUGACGGAGAUCUUGAAGGCAGACCCCACCUUCGACAAAGACUCUUUUCUCAAACAGUGUGAGAAAGACAUUAUCCCCAACAUAUUGGAGGCAAUGAUCCGUGGAGAGCUGGAUGUAUUAAAGGACUGGUGCUAUGAAGCGACGUACAGUCAGCUGGCUCACCCCAUCCAACAGGCCCGAGCACUGGGUCUCCUCUUCCAGUCCAAAAUCCUUGACAUCGAUAACAUAGAUCUAGCAAUGGGUAAGAUGAUGGACCAGGGCCCGGUGUUGAUCAUCACCUUCCAGGCUCAGGUCGUCAUGGUGAUCCGCAGCCCCAAAGGAGACAUAGUGGAAGGAGAUCCGGGGAAGGUGAUGAGGAUGAUGUAUGUUUGGGCACUGUGUCGUGACCAGGAGGAGCUGAACCCGAACGCCGCCUGGAGACUCCUGGACAUCUCGGCCUCCAGCACUGAGCAGGUUCUCUAGGAGGGAAACGCUGUUCUGGGACACACAGACUGAGAGAGAGGCCAGAGGAUACAAGGAUGUGCCUGGAAUACUGAGCGGUCAUUCAUAAAUGUUAACAUCUGAGGGCAGAGCAGAGCCACGUGGUGGUGAAACGCCAGUGACUUGUACACAACCCCGUGUCUCCCCAGAGGAUUUCAUGCACAGAUUUCCUCACUCCAACAUUAAACUCUACAUGAAGACAAACAAUACAAAUCCAUCGAAAUGUGUCCACCUGCAUACGAUGUGUGCGAUGUGAUCUCUGGAGCUUUUCUUUCCAGCUACAGAUUGGAGAGUGAAUAUAGCACAUAAAUCUUAUUUUCUGAGGGGACAGAGUUAUUGUUGUCACUAAAUGGCCAUCAGAGGAGUCUGCCAUAGAUGGUGAUGAAGAAUGGACAUCAUUGACAUCAGCAGAUAGUUUUCUUUGGUUCUCUCUGGUUUUCACAUUAAAAAUAACUUCAUUGAAGGCUUAACGCACGUGAAAUACCAUGAAGAUUAGAUCAAAUACAUAAGUUGUAAUGACUUUUAGGGUCCAUCCUGUUGUAUGUACUGUAGUUUCAAGAACCCAGUGCAUCAUCUGAGAAAUGCAGCUAAUGAUUUCUCAUGUUGCUGUUCACUGGGUUAACUACAUGCAGUAAGUCCUGAAUUAAAAUAAUGUGUGUAUAUAUAAAUCUAAAUGAUAAUAUAAGCUCUUAAAGCUGUGUAAAUGUAUUCAUUGUGAAGCGCUGCUUCUUUAUGAAUUUGGGCGGGACCGCAUAAUGGCAGCUUUACGGUUUGAGGAUCAUUUGCCAUCUCAUGUUGCACAUUUUAAAGCCAUCUUUGUCAUCUUGUCUGUUUGUUUUACUGUGGAUAUUCAACAGGUUCAUUCUCAAUAUGAAAACUUGAAUCAACAAGUACAGUACUGUUCUGCUGCUGCUGUUAUUGACUUUUAUCAUUGUUCUGUGUGACUGUAGGUCUGCUUCUCACACGUCACUGGAAACUGAACACGAUUGUACCUUUAAUCAGUUUUAUUUGCCUAUAAAGACGUCUGCACAUGAAGUGGAGCUGACCAAGGAAUAGAUGUUUAAGGUAUCGUCCAUGUGACAUGACUGAAAAAGAGCCUUUAAAUGUGUUUUGCAUGGAGGAAAGGUGAUUGACACAAUGCAUGCCAAUGUGUAAAGAGAAAGCCUGAAAUGUGUAAUCUAAUGAGAAGGUUGUACAGAUUUAACCCUCGACUCUGCAGUGAUGUCAUGAAAUACCGUUAAUGUACGUCAACAUUUCAGACAUUCCCUGGGUGUUCAUUUCAAGCAUCAAUCCAGUAUUUCUUACUUUCUGGCAUAUUGUACAAUGUUUACCAACCCUAUUCAUGCUACCUAGAUGUCAAUUGUUUCCAUCUUGAGCUCAAGAUUCCCAACAUUAAAUGGUCAGAUUGACAGAC